GGGGCGGGGCAGAUACAAACGUAGCAUGUCACAGCAUAAAUGAGCGACAAACGGGCUGUGCAUUUCUAGACAAGACGUUAUACACCGAACUUCAGUAAAAAUAAAAAAAGAGCCACCAUGACUGACCGGAAAGCAGUGAUAAAGAAUGCCGACAUGUCAGAAGACAUGCAGCAGGACGCAGUGGACUGUGCCACGCAGGCCAUGGAGAAGUACAACAUUGAGAAGGACAUUGCUGCCUAUAUUAAAAAGGAGUUUGACAAAAAGUACAACCCCACGUGGCAUUGUAUCGUUGGGAGAAACUUUGGGAGCUACGUGACGCAUGAAACCAAGCAUUUCAUCUACUUCUACCUGGGCCAGGUUGCCAUUCUUCUCUUCAAGUCCGGCUGAAAACGCAGACCUGCCUUCUUCACGUUACUUUUAAGUCCUUAAUAACUCUGCCUGCUGCCAUUUGAUUGGCCAUGUUUCUACCUACCUCCACUCCUGCUUUCCAAAUUAUUCAAUAUGUAAAUUGUUACCCAUUAUCCACCUGGAGGAAGGAGUUGUGUGCUGUUUUGGAUGGACCGAGAUGGCUCUUGCCCCUGUAGGGAUGCGCCCUCAACAUUACACCCUAAUAUUACAGUCAGUAUCCCAACAUGUUCUUGAGGAUUGACUCAUACUUUCUAAACACAAUUAUUUGGCUGUGCGAUGCACGGGCCUUGUACAUGAUUUCAUAUAGAUAUGUUGUAUGAUAACUUGUUUUUUCAUUUUAUUGCCUAAAAGAUAUCUAGCAACAUGAUUCCCUUUUUGUUUUCUGUUUACAAAGUUGGUGUAAAAAAAAAUGCUUUGACUGUUGCUGAUACUUAAUAAAGAAUAAUAAUUUAUGCCAA